ACAUGAGGCGGAGUGAAUGAUGAAAUAAUUUUCAUUUUUGGGUGAACUAUCACUUUAAGCUCUGUUGACGGCAUAAAAACGAUUACAAAUGAAAAUAUUAAAGAUGUUUCAUGCAUAAUGCGGCCUUUUUUGAGAGGGACUAUUUUGUUGAAGGUCCAGUGUGUAAUUUUUUGUAGGAUCUAUUGACAGAAAUGCAAUAUAAUAUACAAAACUGUCUUUAGAGGUGUGUAAAGACCUUACAAUGAAGCGUUGUUUUUAUUUUCUUAGAAUGAGCUAUUUCUAUCUACAUACACUACGGGUACCCUUAUAUGGAAUUCACCAUGUUGUUUCUACAGUAGCCCUGAACGGACAAACUGCUCUACAGAGGGCGUUUCGUAAAACAUUAUCUCCUUCUGCAAAGAAACAAAAACGUGACGACAUCUUAGUUCUGUGUCAGCCACCGUAGUGGCAAGAGCCGUUGGUUGCAAUUCGCUAGAUGGCGCUAAAUUUCAUACACUUGACCUUUUAAGUGGGUGAACAUUUCCAAGUUUUGCUCCCUUUCCUUACAUUUAUCGCAUAAAAAAUGUUUUUAGUGAUUCUAUGUGGUUGUAAUAUUGAACCACCAAUACUUUAGUGUUGACUUUCUACUUUGGAAAUGUGUGUAUUUUAACAAAUUUUUAAGGGUCAAGUAAUUAUUUCUGGUGGUAAUCUGCUUGAUGCCACAAAUGCUGUUGAUAUUGUUCUAUUAUAACCGGAAAAUUCCUACCAUAUCCAAACUUUAGAAGAUCUGGCAAGUUAGUUAACAUUACCAACCGCUCAGAGGAAACCCACAUUAUUAUUGUCCUUCCCUUUUGUAUUUAUUUCUACUACAUGUCUGGUCUGAGGUUGACCUUGAAGCCUACUCUUUAUAGAGGUGGGGGAAGGUGUCCUGGGACGGGCGAAAUGUGGGGGGUUGUCUGAAUAUUAGGACAGCAGGGUGGUGGUGGUCCUGCAGCGAUGGACUGAGAUAGACCCCCAAUGGUUCCAUUCAGAGCUGGAGGAACGGGUGUGAAAUGUUUGCGUUGUCUCAGCAAGCCGAGCUCACCAUACUUCUGCCUGUGGAGUCUCGCUUUGUGCUUGAGGAUUGUGGGUGUUCUUUGUUUGGCCGUCUAAUAAUGGGGUUUGUGAUGAGAUCAUUUUUGCAGCUAUUUCAGAAAUUCACAAUUUUUUUCUUUCUGUUAAUGGAAAGAUUGUGGUUUUAAUGUGAAAUCACACUAACUGGCUUGUGGGUAAUAAAGUGGGUUAUAUUCAACGAAACAUACAUGUACUAUUUUUACAACACGGGUAGAAAAUCAAUUAAGUAAAUAUGAACUUUUCUUUUUAUGUGAACUACUACUGUAAAGUGUAGUGCUCAAAAUUCAAACCUAGUUCUCUCAUUUUUAAUCAUUUAAGCAAACUUAGAUUUUUCAAAUGUAGAUGACGUUCAGCCUGUCUGCAAGAGAUGAGCAGAUGGACUUUAUAGAUGGAGGAAUGUAACACCAAAUAUGAAUUUAGCACCUGGUUGUUUUUCAUCCUCCUGAAAGGUGGCAGCUGAUGUGAGUGUUCUCACACAUGUCUCAUAAUCAGAUGGCAGGGCGACAGUCAACGCCACAGAACUCUCUGAACCAGACACACAGAAUUCAGAGCUGCAAACACCGGCCGUGGUUUGCUGUCUGAGGAUGUGAACGCCUUAAUACCAAGAAUAUUUUCACCAAAGAUAAAAUUUCGAGUUUUGUGUGCAUCUGACAAGCAAAUCUAGUCAUCUCAGCUGUUUGGAGACAAGUCAUUAAAUUGUCUAAUGUAAUGUUUGUGGCCUUAGGUUUUAGGUGUUUUGCCUCUUGCAUUUUUUUUUGGUUUGAUUAAGAAUAAUUUGUAUUUGACAAGAAGAAUGAUCUCUGUUUAGUAGGUCAGAAAGCAAUAUGUUGGAAGUUGUUGGAAGCUGCUUGUCAUUUUGAGUGAGGAUGUCUUUUAACUGACUGACAUGUCUUACCCAGGAGAAUUGUGGGAGGAAAUCAUGUUCAAAUAUGCAGCGCAGUUGCUGUUGUAUUGCGAUAUGCAGUGUCUUGAAGUUGUAUUGUUUGGAUAUGUAUGAAGUCUUUUAUUUUGUAUUUUUUAUUUAAAUAAAUAUUUGAUAUUUCGUAAUAUAUUGUUUGUAUAGGUGGUAUAAACAACCUAUAUACAACUACAAUUUCAGUUAAAAAUGAUAUCCAACUUUAGUCAAAUAUAUAAUGUUAAAAAACUUUGUAUUUAUGUUGCAUAGUUUUAUAAACUAAAGCUCAGCUUUGAGAAGAAUUUAAAGUGAUAGUUCACCCAAAAAUAAAUUACUCACCCAAACCUGUAUAAAUGUCUUUGUUUGGUUGAACACAAAAAAAGAUAUUUAAAAGAAUGUUAGCAACUGACAUUUCUGGGGCAUCAUCGACUACCAAAGUAGGAAAAAUUAAAAUGGUAGUCAAAGGCGCUUUCCUAAAUUCCUCAAAAUAUCUUUUGUGUUAAACGGAACAAAAUGAAAUAUGCUAGGAAACGCUUUCCCUGUGCCACAGCUCUAACAUGUUCAUUCGUAUAUGAAAAUGUAACUCGUUCAUGUGUCCAUCAGAACAAUUUAGAAAAAGCAUGAAUGACACACUUUAGAAACUGAACUCUGAAAUUAGUGAUAAAAAUAAUUGCACCAGCGAAUGAAAGCACAAUGCUCUCAUUGUAAGAUUCUCCACUGGAAACUGUUAAAAUCUGACUCAUUACUGUUACUUAUUAUGAACAAAGGCUGUUAAUAAGAGCUUUGCCUAUUCAGCCCUGAGUGAAUGAGCUGAUGACAGAAAAAGCUGGAUAUGCGGGUAAUUAAAUGAAAUAAAAACUUUUUUAAAAUACAUCGAAAGCUACUUUCGUUAUCAUUUCUAAUAGCUGUGUCUAUUCGUUGCAGAUCAAGAAUGCUGAAGACAGGAUGGUUCCCUUACUUGAUCUGAGCUCUGUGAGAGUCCAGUCCUCUGCUCUCCCUCACCCCACACGCCCACCCUGCCCCUGGGCGCCUGACCCCUCCCCUUUAACCUCCCCCUGUACGCAUCAGUAGACUUCUCACACUUCACACAGGACACAUGUGAACACUUCCUGUGUAAAUAUGACUGGAUGGAGAUCUCACUGGCGUCUGGUCCUGCUCAACUUGCUGACGUGUGGUCUGGAGAUCUGCGUGGCUGCCGGCAUCACCUACGUGCCCCCUUUACUGCUUAAGGCCGGUGUGGAGGAACAGUACAUGACGAUGGUCCUAGGUAUUGGACCCGUCCUGGGCCUUCUCUUCAUCCCCCUGAUUGGCUCGGCCAGCGAUCAAUGCAACAGCAGCUACGGCCGCCGACGUCCCUUCAUCUGGCUGCUGUCGUUAGGAGUCCUCCUAGCUCUGCUUAUCAUCCCGCAUGCCGACUUGUUGGCCGCCCAUCUCAGUUGGGGCAGUACCCACCGUAACCAGGCUCUCCAGGUGGGCCUGCUGAUCCUCGGCGUGGGCCUGUUGGACUUCUGCGGUCAGGUGUGCUUUACACCCCUCGAGGCGUUGCUCUCAGACCUGUAUCGCGAUCGGGAGGACUGCGGACAGGCUUUUGCAAUGUUCUCCUUUAUGGUCAGUCUGGGAGGCUGCGUGGGCUACCUGUUACCCGCUCUAGACUGGAGCGGCGGGCUUCUCUCAUUCUACCUGGGCGGCCAAGCAGAGUGUUUGUUCUCCCUCCUCAUCCUCAUCUUCGUGGUCAGCCUGCUGGUCACCAUGAAGGUUUCUGAGGAACAUUGCGGGACGUCAAACAUGGAACCUGGGCCGCUGGAGUCGGGACGGUGUUUUCCACGUUCGUGCUGUUACUUGUUUCAGUGUAAGCUGCGGUUGUUAAAGUCCGGCCCUCUGAUGUGCCUUUUGAGGACUUGCUGGUCCAUGACGCCGGCCAUUUACCGCAGUUACUGCCACGUGCCGCGUGUCAUGAGACAGCUGUGCUUGGCACAGCUUUGCAGCUGGAUGGGAGUCAUGUCCUUCAUGCUCUUCUACACAGAUUUUGUUGGCGAGGGACUCUACGAGGGGGUUCCGAGUGCCGCUCCUGGCACCGAUCUCAGGCAGCGCUAUGAUGAAGGCAUACGCAUGGGCAGCCUCGGCUUGUUUCUGCAGUGUGCUACCUCAACCUUCUUCUCGCUGGUCAUGAGUCGGCUGGUGCGUCUCUUCGGGUCUAGGACUGUCUAUCUGAGCAGCAUGGUGUGUUUUACCGUAUCCGCUUUGGUCAUCUGUCUGUCCAAGAGUGUGCUGUUGGUCACGGCCAUGUCGGCCCUCACUGGCUUUGCCUAUGCAACGCUGCAGACGCUGCCUUAUACACUUACGUGCCAUUAUCAUAAAGAGAAAGAGGUGUACAUGCAAAACACCCAAACCAAAAAACUGCACAAAAAUGGAUUUACCAUCACGAGGGAUUCUGUGUGUUUGACUUUAGACAAUGAUGCUGGAGAUCUCACCCACAAGAGUGGCAUUUCUAACGGGCAUGCUUAUUACAGCAAUGACAAACAAAAAUAUCCUACACCUCUGCACGUUCAGAAUGGUACACCUGUCGCUCUGGAGCCUGAGGAUUUUGAGAAACGUGGCGUGGGACUGGACUUUGCCAUUUUGGAUAGCACCUUUCUUCUUUCUCAGGUCUUUCCUACUUUCUUCAUGGGCAUGAUCGUUCAGUUCACAGAGUCUGUCACUGCGUAUAUCGCUUCUUCUGCCAUCUUCGGUGCCAUCGGCAUCUAUUUUGCCACCCACAUCAUCUUUGACCAAAAGGACCUCUGAUCUUGGAAUAAUGGAAUGAUCAUGUGUUUGUUCACCUGAAGGAAUUAAGGUCUCAGUUUAUCGUUUCUCUCUCAUAGAUUUGUUUGGGAAUGAAUUGUGCAGUAGCAGUCUAGACAGACAGGGACCAAUGGACACAUCAGACUGUACCUGAUGGUGCAAUUCCUCUUAUGUUGUAAAGCCUUUUUUUAAAGAACUAUUUUAUUGUUUAAACAUAUAUUUUUAUAUUAAUAAUAUAUAGAUAUAUUGAUAUCCCUAUGGGAAUGUUUAUUCAACCCAUUUUGGUGAGGUCGCCUUUAUUUAUGUAGUAAUUAUAACCUCAACUGUCUUGUCAAACACGUCUUAAGUUUUGUUUUAACCGUAAAUGUUGCUCGGUCAGUAUCAAGGAUUUUACAUUAUAGCUAUGUAUAAAAUGUGUUCAAAAUUAGUGUUCGAAAGGACAAUCUGGGAUAUUUUUGCAUAAGACUUUAUACAUGGAUGUUAGCAGCCUACAUUUUCUGGAAUGUGUUACAAACCAUCAGCCAGGUCAACAUUAUUACAUUGAUAUUUCUGUGGUGUUACUGUCGUACAGUAGGCAUCUGAAAUUGUACAAAACUGUAACAGUUUCAUGUCCUUAGUAAUGUAUCUGUAAGUACACUCACUAUUAGUCAGGGAGUGUGUUCAUGUAGUUUUAUUUCUUGGAGUGUAAUAUUCUCAGGAUGGACUUAAAAUUCAUCAGUCCAAGCAAAGCACAAUGUACUAAUAAAAAGGAACUCAUAUUUGAACUGCUAAAAAAUAUGUCUAAUGCAGUAUAUUUGUUCACAACCCACCAUUGUCGCAUGUUUCCAAAGAAAAUAAUAGUUUUGUCCGGUAAUCUGUUAUCAAAAUGUAAUUUCUUCUGCCUCUGAAACAACUUUAUUUUGCUGACUUCAUCGAUCCCUCUUACCUUUAUAAUCUCUCCCCCCAACCCCUUAAUGAACCAAACAAUUCCUUGUGGAUAAAGUCCAACCCUACAUUUUAUAAAAAUAUUACAGAAAUAAUGUAUGUAAAUGCAAUUUCAGUAUUCCCACAUAACAUGAUACUGUCAACCACGGCUAGCUAAUGGUACAUUGUCUUUUGUUCUCAUUUUUUGACAAUGAUUUCUAGCCCUUUUUACUGAGGAUGUAAUAAUGGAGGAGAAACAGGGGCAGUCUUUUACAUGGAAAAA